CGUCAGCAGUGCCACGUCAGACACAGUGCCACGUAAGCAGUGCCACGUCAGCAACAUGACGGGCCUGCCAGGCCAACUGGCCAAUGAGCCCAUUGCCGACUACAAAAAGCGUUUCCAGGCUCAGCUCGCUAUCAUCGAGGCUGAGGAACAACGCCAGCUGGCAGCCAAGGCUGCCCAGCUACAGGCUGAAAAAGCGGCAACAGCAGAGAAGCUGCGGCUACAGGCCAAAGCAGACGCAGAUGCCCAGGCUCGCUGCAAGGAAGCCCAAGAUCUGCUGCAGCGGCAUGAAGCCAACAGCAUCGACAGACUCAAGUUCUGGCACUUUGAACCGAACGGCAACAAGGCAACACCGGAAGAGCAGCAUAAGGAGUUCAUGGCCAAGCUCGUGACCAGGUUGGUUAAUACUUGUAACCACCUACAGUCCGAGCUAGCGAACCUCCAGCGGGCCGUGCGGAACCAUAAGACUCAGCACGAUGAUGCCACACGGGCACUGGACGCCCGUGUAUUGGACCUGGAACAGGCUAUACCAGGAUCAGAUGCUGGGGCUUCCAGCAGUGCACCCUCUAGCCGCCAACUGGAGGAACGCAUUGACCACGUAGUGGCAAUGCUCGGCGACAUCAGCACCUUCGCUGCGCCGACCACCAUCAGCAGUCAGCUGCAUACCUUGAAGACCGAGGUCCAGCAGCUGCAGUCAACGAACGCGGAUGGCAAUCCGAAGUUGUAUAAGAUGCCAACAUUCCAACUGGACAAGUUCGACAACUACACGCAGCAGGAUCCGGUCCUCUGGUGGGAAGCAUUCACAACGCAACUCGCAAUUCUGCCCGUCGCCAAGCACGCGUACAUCAGCGCCCUGUUCAUGAACUCAAAGGGCGGAUGCCAGACCUGGGUUGACCCACUUGGCAACCUCCCACGGCGUCGACGUACCGGACUGCAAGGACAAGAUCACAUGGGAGGAACUGACACGGCUGUGGAAGAAGCGGCUCAUCUGCCCAAUCUGGACUUGCCAUUCACGCAUUUACGCCGUGAGUUCUACAACAGGUCUUGUGCUGCAUUGAGCCAGGCUCUUGGUGAUCGCGAGCAGUACUCAACCUUCGCUGAGAUCAUUAACAAGGCAAGGGAGAUCAUCAAGACCAACACGUCAACUGCACACGAGAAGUCAACAUGGCAGCCGACCUAUGUGGAGAAGGUACGAGCUGGUCCGCGACAGCAGCACUUCACUGCAGUCCAGUCGGACAGUGGAGAUAACCCAGCAGCCACUCCAGCAUCAGGUGACGGAGAUCAGGUGGCUGCUGUCCAGCCGCGAAGCAACAACAAGUCCCGCAACAAUUGGAAGGCGAAAUCCGCAUCGCAGGCCGGAAAUGGACAGCCAGUACAAGUUCCAUGGGUCAAGUUUAACUUGACCGAGGCGGAGUACAAGUUUCGCGGCCUACCAGCUCCGUUGAUGGACGCCGGAGCAGAGGUUGUCGACCUUCACGCCUACAUCGCGAAGAUCGACCACGAGUUCAAGACGCAACGAUACGACGACAUCGACGCACCAUUGCUAUACGUACGCAUUCAGAUCGGAGAGGCGACCUGCAGCGCUUUGAUCGACUGCGGAGCAUCUCGCAACUACAUCAGCCAGGACUUCAUGGUGCGCGCCGGCCUUGGCCCACUCGUCCGAAGGAAGCCCCAGCCUACGCAAGUCACAUUGGCGGACGGUCACACGCACAAGUCAAUCAACCGGUGCAUUGACGACGUCCCGGUGUACUUUGCCCCUCACGCAAGUGAGACUGUGUCCUUUGACAUUCUGGACACCAAAUUCGACAUGAUCUUGGCCAUGUCAUGGCUGCGAAGCAAGGAUCACCCGGUGAACUUCUACCGCCGCACCGUUCACAUUCGUGAUCGGAACGGAGUACAAGUCCCAUGCACGGUGCCUCUUCCUCAUCCUUCGAUCAGCUGCCACGUGGUAUCCGCCGCAAGCAUGCGAGCUUCCAUCAUCAAAGACGACAUCGAGGAGAUGGGGGUGUGUUUUCUCCAUGCCCUCCGCCCCGAGACGCUUCAUCGACGGACUCAUCUUCGGAUCCACGCAUCACCGAGCUUCUCGACGCCUACAGCGACACGAUCAGGAACGUCGGCCCUUUCCCACGCAUCGACGACCUUCUCGAGCGAUUGGGCGGCGCCAAAGUUCUUCUCCAAGCUGGACCUCAAGUCGAGAUAUCACCAACUCGAGAUUCGCAAGGAGGAUCGCUACAAGACCGCGUUCAAGACACGGUAUGGGCAUUUCGAAUGGCUGGUCAUGCCGUUUGGCCUUACGAAUACGCCAGCCACUUUCCAAGCGGCUAUGACAACGGAGUUCCGACACAUGCUGGAUCGGUUUGUACUCAUCUACCUCGACGACAUCUUGGUGUAUUGUCGGAGUUUGGAAGAGCAUGUGGAACACUUGCGCACCGUUUUGGAGCGGCUACGACAGGCCAAGUACAAAGCAAACCGCGACAAGUGCGAGUUCGCACAGCAGGAGCUGGAGUACUUGGGCCACUAUGUGACGCCGAAAGGCAUCCAUCCGCUCGCGGACAAGAUCGAGGCCCUACGAGUGUGGCCCGAGCCCACCAACACCACGGACAUUCGCUCAUUCAUGGGGUUGGCGGGCUACCAUCAGCGAUUCAUCACCGGAUAUUCCAGGAUUGCUGCACCUAUGGCGAGGUUACAGUCGCCAAAGGUGCCAUUCGUAUUCGAUGAUGACGCACGCCGGUCAUUCCAAGCACUUAAGACGGCGAUGCUUAUGGCACCCGUCCUUAGCAUCUAUGACCCCACCUUGCCGACGAGAGUGACUACGGACGCUUCCGACUAUGGCAUUGGGGCAAUCUUGGAACAGCACGACGGCGACGACUGGCACCCUGUGGAGUAUUUCAGCCACAAAGUGCCUCCCAUCAACUCACUUGAUGAUGCAAGGAAGAAGGAGCUACUCGCGUUCGUCAUGACUCUCAAGCGAUGGCGGCACUUCCUCCUUGGGCGUCGUAGGUUCACAUGGGUUACGGACAACAAUCCAUUGACCUACUACAAGAUGCAGGAUACGGUGAGCCGCACGAUCGGACGAUGGAUGUACUUCAUCGACCAAUUCGACUUCACACCGAAACAUCUUCCCSMCCUCUCCAAUCGCGCAGCAGAUGCACUCUCGCGAAGACCUGAUCUUUGCGCUAUGACACAUCAUGCCUUCACAUUCGACGAGGAGCUUCAGCGACACUUCAUCCGGGCAUACCAGUCUGAUCCGGACUUCGCCACGCUAUAUGCACAACUAUCUUCGGAUCACCCACCGGCCAGCCAUUACCGCAUUGUCGACGGGUACUUGCUCCUCCACUCGAGAGGCAAGGACUUACUAUUUUGUCGACGCAGCAAGCCCCGCAACCGCAAUCCCUACGGCGAGUUACGCCCGAUGCCUAUCCCACGGGAAGCUGGUCUCUCCAUUGCCAUGGACGUCACCGGUCUGUCUCCCCGCGACCGGCUCGGGCACGACGGCAUCCUCACAGUUGUGGACCGAUUGAGUAAGUACGCGCGUUUUCUCCCUUGCAAGUACCACUCCACGGCUCCCGAACUGACACGCCUCUUGCACACUGGUUGGAUUUGUGGCCACGGUGUACCAGAAGACAUAGUCAACGACCGCGACACUCGUUUCAUGUCAGCAUUUUUGACUGCGCUCAUGCAGGAGUCCGACACGACAAUGAAACCAAGUUCGGCUCGGCAUCCACAGACAGACGGGCAGACGGAGCGAGCACAUCAAACCGCUCAAAUGAUGCUUCGUACGCUCAUCCGUCCGGACCAGAAAGAUUGGGUUGACCGCCUCCCCGACAUCGAGUUCGCCUACAACACUUUAGUGCACCCGGCGAUCGGCGUGACUCCAUUCGAGUUGCACCACGGUGGACGAAAAGGCCGUAUCUUCGCCGACCUUCUCCUCCCUCGACCAGCCUACAUUGACGCCGCUUGCUCCCCCGCUUCCGUUCGGAAGUACAGGGACUUGCUGACUCAAGCCCGCGCAAACAUGCAAAAGGCUCAAGUUCGCAUGCAGCAGCAAGCCAACAGGCGUUGCGUACCUUGUCCUAUCCGCGUCGGUGAUCUGGUUUGGGUCUCCGCGGAAGAGUUUGCACUGGAACAGGAUGUUUCACGCAACCUGCUUCCCAAGUGGUUUGGACCAUGGUCUGUGACAGCAGCCACGGGCGAUGAGCCGAUGGCCCUGCAUUUGUGAUCAACAUUCCAGAGCAUCUGACGGUACAUCCAGUCUUUCAUGCCUCGAAGCUUGCAACUUACACGC